UUCCUGCAUUAUACACACACACUGAGAGACACAGUUGAUUGGAUCCUUGUUAGUGUGGCAUUACAAGAUAAUAUAAGACCCCAGGCCUCGGAAAAGGUCAGCACUCCCUCACAGCUUGGCAAACUCCUUUUUGUAAUAGGUGUCAUGGCAGAACGGGUGCUGGUGGUUGGCAGCGGCGGGCGGGAGCACGCCUUGGCCUGGAAGCUGGCUCAGUCGACGCAGGUUCAGCAAGUCCUGGUGGCCCCCGGUAACGCAGGCACGGCAGACUGCGGGAAGAUCAGCAACUCUGAGGUGUCGGUGAGUAACCACACUAUCCUGGCUCAGUUCUGUAAGGAUCAUCAUGUGGGGCUGGUUGUGGUCGGACCUGAGGUGCCGCUGGCAGCAGGUAUCAUAGAUGACCUCACAGCUGCGGGAGUGCCGUGCUUCGGCCCUUCUGCCAAAGCGGCCCAGCUGGAGGCCAGUAAGAGCUUUUCCAAGGCCUUCAUGGAGCGUCACGGCAUCCCCACGGCACGUUAUGGCUCCUUCACCGACCCCCAGGAGGCCUGCGACUACAUUCGCAAAGCCGAGUUUCCAGCACUGGUGGUGAAGGCCAGCGGUCUGGCAGCAGGGAAAGGCGUUAUUGUGGCAAAGGACCAAGAUGAGGCCUGUCAGGCUGUGAUGGACAUUAUGAAGGACAGAGCAUUUGGAGCUGCAGGGGAGACGGUGGUGGUUGAGGAGCUUCUGGAGGGAGAGGAAGUAUCUUGUUUGUGUUUCAGUGACGGCUCCUCGGUGUGUCCGAUGCCUCCAGCACAGGAUCACAAACGCCUGCAGGAUGGUGACCUUGGCCCAAACACCGGUGGCAUGGGGGCCUACUGCCCCACCCCUCAGGUGAGCCAGGAGCUGCUACAGCAGAUCAGAGAGACGGUCCUUCAGAAGACUGUAGACGGGAUGAAAGAGGAGGGCGUUCCCUAUGUGGGUGUGCUGUACGCAGGCCUGAUGUUGACCAAGCAGGGGCCAAAAGUCCUUGAGUUCAACUGUCGCUUCGGAGACCCUGAGUGUCAGGUCCUGCUGCCCCUGCUGAAGAGCGACCUGUAUGAAGUCAUCCUGAACACCAUGAAUGGCAAACUGGCCUCCAACGCCCCCAUGUGGCACCAGGACAGCUCUGCAGUCACUGUGGUCAUGGCCAGUGCCGGCUACCCCGGCUCCUAUAAGAAAGGAGUAGAGAUCACAGGCUUGUCUCAGGUUCAAGACACAGGGGUGCAAGUUUUCCACGCCGGCACAGCCCUGAAGGACGGAGGCGUCGUGUCCAGCGGUGGGCGGGUCCUGACGGUCACCGCAGUCAGGUCCUCACUGGAGACAGCUUUGCAGGCAGCUAAUCAGGGCGUGGCGGCCGUGGGCUUCCCAGGUGCCGUGUACCGCCGUGACAUCGGCCACCGGGCCAUCUCCCACCUGAACCAACACAGAGGUCUUACCUAUAAGGACAGCGGAGUCGACAUCGCUGCUGGUAACAAGCUGGUGGACAUGAUCAAGCCUCUGGCCAAGGCAACUUCCCGUGCUGGCUGUAAUGCAGAACUGGGAGGCUUUGCUGGACUGUUUGACCUGAAGGCAGCAGGCUUUGUCGACCCGAUCCUGGUCUCUGGGACAGAUGGAGUGGGGACCAAACUCAAGAUCGCUCAGGCGUGUGGGCAACAUGGCAACCUGGGUCAGGACCUGGUGGCCAUGUGCGUGAAUGAUGUGCUGGCUCAGGGAGCAGAGCCGCUCUUCUUCCUCGACUACUUCUCCUGCGGCAGCCUGGAUGUGGACGUGGCCGCCUCGGUGGUCGGCGGGAUCGCCAAAGCGUGCGAGAUGGCCGGCUGCGCUCUGCUGGGUGGAGAGACAGCAGAAAUGCCAGGCGUCUAUGCUCCAGGAGAGUACGACCUGGCCGGGUUCUGUGUCGGAGCGGUGGAGCGUGGAGCGAUGCUGCCCAGGCUGGGGGACAUCGCUGAGGGAGACCUGCUGAUCGGAGUGGCCUCCUCUGGGGUUCACAGCAACGGCUUCAGCCUGGUCCGCAAAGUCCUGGAGAGAGCUAACCUCAGCUACAGCUCCCCGGCUCCCUUUGGCAAAGCGGGACAGACCGUCGGGGAAGUUUUGCUGACACCAACAAAGAUCUACAGCCGCCUGCUCUUGCCAAUCCUGCGCAGUGGCGCCGUCAAAGCCUACGCUCACAUCACAGGGGGCGGCCUUCUGGAGAACAUCCCUCGGGUGCUACCACAAGAGCUGGCAGUCGAUUUAGAUGCCUCUCGUUGGACCUUCCCCCCGGUGUUUUCCUGGCUCCAAAAGGAGGGGGGGCUGAGUGAGGAGGAGAUGGCCCGCACUUUCAACUGUGGCCUGGGGGCGGUGCUGGUGGUCGCGCCUGUGGAUGCUCAGAGGGUCCUGCGCCAGCUACAAGCCCAAGAAGAGGCCUGGAUUGUGGGUUCACUGGCCCAGAAGCAGCCUGGUGCAGAGCCUGUGGUGGUCCGCAACCUGAAACACAGCCUGCUGAAUGCAGGUCCUGCCUCCAGUGGGGUGUUGGGGGUCAAUCAGAAUGGUGACAGCAACACACCACACAAGAGAACCAGAGUUGCUGUUCUCAUCUCUGGCACAGGCACCAACCUGCAGGCCCUCAUUGAGCAGGCCAAACGUCCAUCCAGCUCUGCAGAGAUUGUGGUGGUUAUCUCUAACAGACCUGGAGUUCAGGGCCUGAAGAGAGCAUCGCUGGCUAGCAUCCAGACACGGGUUGUGGACCACAAACUGUACGGGAGUCGAGCAGAGUUCGAUGGCACGAUCGACCGUGUGCUAGAAGAGUUUGGGGUGGAGAUGGUGUGUCUGGCUGGAUUCAUGAGGAUCCUCACUGGGACUUUUGUUAAGAAAUGGAACGGUAAACUACUGAAUAUCCAUCCAUCCCUGCUGCCCUCAUUCAAAGGUGUGAAUGCCCAGACACAGGCUCUGCAAGCUGGGGUGCGGGUUAGCGGCUGCACAGUGCACUUUGUCGCAGAAGAGGUGGAUGCAGGAGCCAUCAUCGUGCAGGAGGCAGUACCCGUGCUCAGCAGCGACACAGAGGAAAGUCUGUGCGACAGAAUCCGAGAAGCUGAGCACCGUGCCUUCCCUGCCGCGCUGGAGCUGGUAGCCAGCGGCGCAGUGAGGCUCGGAGAGGAUGGACGCAUCAUCUGGUCAAAUUAGUUGUUAAAAGUUCAACCUGACAGUUGAUCACUAUCAAUCAUGUCUACCAUUAACCUUCUUACUUUCAUUUCUUAGAACUGGUUUAAUAGUAGAAAAAAGACACUAACAAAGCAGACUAUAGAUAAUACAUUCCAGUACUUCAAAAUGGAUUUAUUUCUUAUUGUCAGAACUUUUAAAGUUGAGUAGAUUUCUACGGAUGCCUCAAGCUUGUAAACACACACACACACACACA